UCUACCUGCCUCCACCGGGUUCCGAUCCCCUCUCCUCGCUCUGAAACCCGAACUUCCAACAGAGAUCGCCCCUGCCUCUCCUCCUCCUCCACCACCACCACCCUUUUGUCAACUUGUUAAACUGGCACACGACUUCGGCUUUUUGGAGGGGAGAGGCCACACAAACACACACACAGACGGCUUACUGGAGAGGCGGGGCCGCCGCUUUUUGGGCUCCUCCCCAUUGGAGCGCACAAAGCCGGGCGGCACCAUUUAACACUACCGCCUCCACCUCCACCUCCACCACCACCACCACGCGCACCGUCACGCACACCAAGCGCCGGGGAGUCGACACGCAGGAACCACACUGGACUUCGCCUUCCCCGGCCCGCUGCCCCCCCCGCUGCAUCCAGAUCGGACCCGGACCAGGAAAGACGCACGUUUUCUGGAUAAGAUUUUGGGGUACAAGCCAGGUCUGUUCCCUGACGGCGCUCUGCAUGCAUGCCCGCCCGCCCGCCUGCCUGCCUCACUGUGUGUUGAUUGGUCAGGCCGGGCUUUACGUAAUCAUUUCUACAGAGAUUGUUACCAGGAGUCCACACUUGGAAGAAUUAGUGGAGCAGUAGGCGAUAAACUUGCCCAGGGUGUGUCCAAAUGCAGUAAAACUUGAAACAAGAAGCUCUGAUCUGCUGCCGGCAUUCUGAAGUUGCUCUGGAGCUAGCAGUGCAUCCUUCCACGCUGGAAGUACCAGAUUCUGUUCUAGAGGAGUUGCUGGGCAUAGAGAUGGCAGACGAUCCUAAUCAAAACUUCGGGCCGUUUUCGCAGCCGUUCUGCAGCCAGAAUGUGGUUUCAUUUCAGACGAGCGCGACGCCUAGCGGGUCGGGAGGCAGCAUGCCGGUGUACCUAGACUGCUCCAGCAGCAUGGGGUCUAACAUGGGGAUGAUGAACACCACGCCUUCAGUAGCUGUCUCCACAAGUUCAUCCAACAUGGUUGCUGAAUCUGCACAGAACCUCAAAUAUGGAGGACCCCUAGCUGAAAGCUGGUCGCAUCUCGAGAUCCAAGUGCUGAAAGAUUGCCUAGAUAGAUAUGUGAAUGAACAUGGUAUCAUGAAGUACAUAAAGAUAGCCGCUUCCCUACCAACCAAGACGGUGAGGGAUGUUGCGAUGAGAUGCCAAUGGAUGGGGAACAAACAAACUACAAGACGGCGGAGGCCUGCAGAACAUCAUAGCAGAAAAAUGAAAGAUAGAAAGGAUAAAAUGGUGGGGCCUUCAUCCUGGGGUACCACUCAUCCUGUUCAGACGGAUACAGGAGUCUCUUCCUUUGUGCCGCAUCAUGCCAUUCAAAACAGUCAAUAUCUAUCUGGAGCCUCGGAGAUGGAUCGUAUAGUACAGCUUGUACUGGAAGAAAAUAAUCGUCUUCUUACUCAGAUAGACACAAAUAUUCAAACAUUUCAGGCUCAAAAUAACACCGAUCUCUUCAAUCGCGUGAGAAGGAACAUUGAUGGCCUUUUGAAAAUCAUGAGCCAAAUGCCUGGAAAAAUGAGCGAGAUGCCUCAGUUGGGAGUUGCGGUGAAUGAAAACCUUGCUAGUUACUUGCUCCCAGAUCUUACAAUGGCACAAGUUCUUGGAAAUAGCCAUUUGAAGGAGGAGCCAAGAGGAUGGUGAGUCACAGCCAAAGCAGGUCACAGAUGAGGCAGAUACUGAAACUUCAUCGGUAGUUCGGCGAAUUAUAGGAAGAUAAAUAGUGCUCCAGCAUGUAUGCCAGAUGGCGACGAAUAGAGUCACCAAGGAACCUUGUUUCCUCUAUCUGGAAGCAAAGGAGAGGUGAGUGGUGACUGAGGAACCACUCUGCAUUGCAUUGCGACAAGCCUGUAUAUUGGUGGCUGAACAUUGGUCGAGCAGUGAUGGUUUCAGGAAAUUGCAGUUUUUCUCGUCCUGCUGCACCUGUAGAGUAAAUACUAGUAGAAGAUGUAGCAACAACAAGAAGCUAAUAAGAACUAGCUACAUAGCAAAAGAAAUGCCUUUUUGCCGGUCCAUA